GGUCACAACUUUAAGAGAAAAAAAGAAAAUAACACGUAAAAUUACUACUACUAUACAUAUAUAAUAUUAUGACUUUAUUCUCAUAAUAUUACGCCUUUUUUUCUUGUAAUAUUAUGAUUUUCGUACAGUAGUUAGAUGUGGACUUGAUCUCAGGCCUUUAGCAGCUGACUGGAUGAGACUUUAGAUCACACAGGUGAGACGCGACUGUAACAUCUCGUGUGCACUAAGUGAAGGUGAAGGAUUUCAUCAUGGUUGCCAUGGUUUCUCUCCAGGUGCAUCAUUUAUAGAUCAGCAUCAUUCGAACAUUUAAACAAAAACCUCUAACGGCGAGAAAAGUUUCUUCACAAGUUGCACUCGACGAUUUCUCUAUCAUUAACGAUUCAACUGAGGAUUUCAUCCCUCCUGAUAAAGACUAGAGACUCACAGAGACUCACAGAGACUGACCAAAGAGACUCUACUGACUUCCAUCAUGGAAAAUUGUGGCGACCACGACCAUUGCAGAGUUAAGAGAGCCAGGAAGCCUGCGGCGCACAGACAGUGUACAAUGCCAUGCUGCAGGGACGACCAGGUGUACCAGCACUCAGCUUCAAGUCUUCCCAGGAAGAGGAAGCGGACCUCCGUGGCUCGUCCUUCCAAGUCUUCUGCUGAACAUCCGAAGGUAGUGACUCCUCAGCCCUCCACCCCAGCUGGUGACAGUCUCACGUGUGUUGCUUACCUUCCUCAGGUGCACCAGCACUCAGCUCCUCCUUCGAGUUCUCCCAGGAAGAGGAAGCGGACCUCCGUGGCUCGUCCUUCCGAGUCCUCUGCUGACCAUCCGAAGGUGGUGACUCCUCAGCCCUCCGGCCCAGCUGGUGACAUGCCUGGGUUGUUGGGUUUGGCCCCAAGACCUUGUGCCACCAUCCCACCUUCUGAGCUGCCAGCGGUCUCAAAGGUGACCCCCGACCCCCAGCCCUCCUCUGCUCCACUGCUCGACGACGGCCCUCUGCUGAUCCACAACCGCACGGUGGAAGAGUACCAGCGGAUCUACCAUGAGGUGGUAGAUGACAUGCUGAGGUUCAAGAAUGGCCGUCCCCGUCCGUACAGCUUAGAUCUUGGACGUCGCAUAAAGCAGAAGCUCUGGGAGAGGCUGGAUCGUCCCACGUUCACGUCAUCAGUCGGUGAGGACGGGCUGGUUCGUGUGGAGGCGUCGUACGGGGUUGGAGUCUAUCCUCCCAUGUAUGAUGUCGACACUCUGGGGGAACCACAGCCAAGCACGCCACCGACUAAACGAGCUAAGAUUUGACAAAUUCUCAUAAUCGUUGAGAGACGUAAUCUGUAAAUAAUAGUUUGAUUUUAAGUGAUGUGUAAAUAGUAUUGUGAUUUUAAGUUUUCUUUAUGAGAAUAAUCUUUUUUUAGUUCCAUGUUCCAUCCUCCACCUACAGCCUCUGACAGUAACCUGCAAACAAAACAUCCACCUUAAGUGUACAGCCACUGACAACCUCCACCAAUAGCCAGUUUCAGCUAGCUACAGACCCAAACUCAGCAGCGAUCUGCUGUCCUUGCCUACACCUGCGGACAGCAGAUGCAUAUUCCCACUAAAACCUCUUCUGAACUCAUUCCACCGUCUCCUCCGCCUAAAAACAGCU